CCUGAUUAGAGGUAUAGACUGUCAUGAGAAGCCGCAUGCUAAUUUCAUACUGCAAUAUUACAGACAUGGAAGUCUAUAUUUCACUGUGUCUGAUCAUAGGCGUUGGGCUGUGGAUGAAACGGUAUGAAGUCAUUUGCUUGCAACAAUCUUAUCAGUGUCCCAAACUGGACUUUCGCUCUGAAUUUUGUGUUUUGUGGGGAAUUCGACGAGGCAAGCCCACAUGACCAGUCUUAGGCAGCCUUUACCCGCAUCCAAAAUUUUGUAAUCAUUCACACGGAGAGCUCUAUCACAGGGACCCCGCACAGUUUUCUUCACUUUGAUUACGCCGUCUUUUGCUUAUGCUAUGCCUGUGGGAAAAAAUGACAGGAAUAAAAAGAGAGCACCCGCCGUGCGACUGCGAUGUGAGGAAACGACGUUGUACCAUGGCUUCAACACUUUCACUCCCCCCAGAAGUACUUCAUGUUGUAUUCGAUAAACUGUUCACCGAUGACUUGGACUACUUUGCGAACAUAAUAUCAUGUUCACUGGUUUCUCAUAUAUGGAACGAUGUCGCAACUUAUCUUCUGUCUCAGUCACUAAGUACCGUCAAGCUGCGCGGUGGUCAGGUUGAUGGCUUGUUCCGACUAUCCAACCUGCUAGAGACUAUUUCUUCGAGUCAGAUAAGAUCUCCAUACUCACCGGAUGCGAUAAAGACGAUCAACCUCGACAUGUCAUAUUUAUUCAAUGAAGACGGGUCGUACAACGAAGAGGCACAUGUAGUACUGAUUCACUUAAUUGAAGUACUAUGCACAAGAACAACAGGACUAGAGCUUUCCUUCAAUCAUCCUAUUGCCUUACUGAACUGGCAAGAGAGCCGGUUGAAGGAUUUUUAUAAGUCGCUACAGACAGCAACUCGACUUACGAAGUCAGUAGACAGACUGGCAUUACAGGGAUUCCCAAAGAAAGAUACCACCUUUGUUGUUUGCAACUACGGCCUCUCAGACCUAUUCCCAACGUUCUCUCCUAACUUACGUAGCUUGGAAUUCGCUAGCUUCCCACUGCGCUACGCUAUAUACCUAUUACUUCAAUCAUGCAACGAGCUUGAGAACGUCAGCUUUAAAGAUUUCCGCAAUAUUUGGGAAGACGGGUUGAUGGAGGCUAUAAGGCACUGGUCGAAGCUGCGUAGCUUCAGGAUGACAGGUUGUGUCCAUAUAACGCCAAUAAUUUUACGGACCCUCGCAAACCACUGUCCAAACCUGGAAGUUUUGGUAGCCCCGCGUAACGUUCGUUAUUCAAAAACCUGCCCAGACAUUAAUUUGCCCAUCACGGCCAUCAUACGGAGUUGCAGAAAUCUCUCAAAGUUGGAUCUUAGCGACUAUGUUACAGUCAACGAUAACCUAUUAAAAGUCAUCGUCCAGGGAGCGCCUCAGUUGAAGUAUCUCAAGCUUCAAAACUGCGACCAAAUAACUGGAUCUGAAUUUACUACAUGGUGGAAGGAUGAGUCGCUGCAAAGUCUAGAAAUCUUGGAUGUGUCAGGAUGCAUUAAUCUUGACCAACGUUUCUUGGAUCACGUAUGGGCAAAUUGCAAACGCGUGAAAAAGCUGAUCACCGCCGCUGGGAAACCUGCUCUGUCAGUUAAACCCCGUGGCGAUAGAUGUAUACCCGUUCAAGCUCUCGUUCCGGCCGUAACUGUCGGUGUUUGUUGAUACAGUUACCAGAAAGUUGUUCAGAUCGGUCAAACGACUUUUAGAAAUUAGCUGGUGAAGCAGAACACAUAUAAUUUCAUGUGAGAUUGGUACUUGUUAUUAAAGCUUGCUUGUCAUAAUGUUUGGAGAUAUAGCUAUCGUCUCUGUAUAGAACUUUUUCAUAUUAUAUCAUAAGUACAAAUCUUGCCUAAAUGAAAUAAAUGUCAGUUGUACAGCGAGAUCACUUUGUGAUCGCUGACACCAAA